ACUCCUCUAAAUGCGACACUUGUACUAUAUCAAAUCCAACGAUCGUUAUUCAUUUGAGGAAUGUGGGUCUUUUUCUCCCUCACAUCCCUUCUCUCGCGCUCUCUUGUUCACGAUUUUCUUGGAAAAUCCUAGCUUCUGUUACUUUGACCUGAAAUCACUUCUCUAUGGACUCUGCUUCUACUCUUAAUGCCUUUUUCUUCUUUCGAGAGCUUCCAUUGUUGUUGUUUCUUCAUCACAAUGCAGGUUAAACGAACGCGCGUUACGAGGUCUUCAAGCUUGGGAGAGAUUAGUUUGUUCAGCCAGGUUAAACGAACGCGCGUUACGAGGUCUUCAAGCUUGGGAGAGAUUAGUUUGUUCAGCCAGGUGAGGCCGAUUGAUGCUCCAACAGCUAUGUGGGAAAAGAACGCAGCUCCGGCAGCUGCCAUUAAAAGACCGAUACAAUGCAAUUCGAAAGUCUCCGACCAAGGCGUGUGCUUGUAUCCCGAAGGAAACCAGGUAAGGGCAGUGAGAAGUCUCAGGAUGCGAUGUCUUGUGCCCAGUUUCAGCAGAUCUCACCAGGCGGUUUCAACUACAAGAGGAGAGAUGUGGGUUGAAUGAAUAUUGAUCGUUGGAUUUGAUGUAAGACAUGUAUCAUGUUUAGAGGAAUCGUUGGAUGCGUUGGAGACUCAGUCAUUGGAAACGAGUCCGAUCCCCAACUCAUUAAGUUAGGAUAAGGUUAAAUUUAUUGUUGUUAAUCGAGGAGCAUGGCUCUCCCCAUUCCUCUUUCUACCCAUUAAGAAGUGACCACAUCAUGCAAGUUUGUUAGUAUAUAUACACACACGACCCCAUUCCUUACCCUUUUUUUUUUUUGUCUUUUUUAUUUCCUGUGUUUUUUCAGUAGAACAAGCAUAGGAUGAAUGCGAAAUAAAAGUGAUUGGUGGCAUGAAACAACAUCAA